GUAUUGAGCAAGUAGGGGCGGUAGGGAGCGCGGUUCCUUGACGUGGACGAUCAUUUCCGUAAGAGACGAUGGAGCGUUAGCGGCGUGUCAUCCACUCCAAGCUAUCCCGCAUUAACCUUAAAUCGAGACGGGAUCUGGCCGUGAAUCCCCGGCGGGGUUUUGGGUUCACGGUAGUCUCACACCUACUAAUCCCUUUCUGCUUCCCCUCCUUCCCCCCUCCCCCCUCUACACAAUUCAUCAUGAUAAAAGCUAUUUUAAUAUUCAACAACCACGGCAAGCCGAGGCUGUCUAAAUUCUACGAGCAUUAUAGUGAAGACACAGAGCAACAGAUCAUCAGGGAAACCUUCCACUUGGUGUCCAAAAGAGAUGAGAAUGUCUGCAAUUUUCUAGAAGGCGGAAUGUUGAUCGGGGGGUCCGACUACAAGCUAAUCUACAGACACUACGCCACGUUGUACUUUGUGUUUUGUGUAGACUCCUCGGAGAGCGAACUAGGAAUUUUAGACUUAAUCCAGGUAUUUGUGGAAACGCUGGACAAAUGCUUUGAAAAUGUCUGUGAACUUGAUCUCAUUUUCCAUGUAGAUAAGGUUCACAACAUUCUGGCGGAGAUGGUGAUGGGGGGGAUGGUGCUGGAGACCAACAUGAACGAAAUCAUCACACAGGUGGAUGCCCAGAACAAGAUGGAGAAAUCUGAGGCUGGUAUUGCAGGAGCGCCCGCUCGUGCCGUAUCAGCUGUGAAGAACAUGAACCUCCCGGAAAUGCCCAGAAACAUCAACAUUGGCGACAUCAGCAUAAAAGUGCCAAAUCUGCCGUCCUUCAAAUAGCGGCACGGAGAUCCGCUUGCCAGAUGUCAGCCGAGUGUUUAACAUGAUGCAAUCUGUUUACCAAAACCUCUACUAACUCUUUUUGUUUUAUCAAAGGAUGGAAGUACUGUGUGAUUUAAAACUUCUCUGCUUUUUGGCUCUUUUGUUUGAUUUAUAGAAAAAAAAGUUUUUAUUAUGUGUUCUGUUUGAAAAAUGAAGUAUUUAUUUGUCUACGGUACAUUCCUACGCUCCCCUCAUGAUGUACAGCUGCUACUGUUCACAACCAUCUGAGUCUUAACGAAGUCAUUUCACCAACUGAAGUGUUUACUUAAUUUCAAAGAAGACGAGUUGGCAUAUUGUGGGGAAGACCAACGUGACCAAUCACUUGCAGAACAGCCAACAUAUGGGACCAGUUGGAAUGAAUACAGUAUUGGAGUACAGUAUGUUUAAAACCAAAUAAAUCAUUGAAGAAUAGAAUUAGAUUGUUGCUAUGCUGUGUGACAGAAUUAUGAUUCUAUUUCCUGAAAUUAUAUUUUGUAUCUGUUCAAAACAUUAUGUUUCUAUUCAUUUUAUUCUGUGCAUGACUAUAACCCCUUCCUGACCCCUUUUACUACAUAAUAAACAGUUGAAGAUUACAUUUC